CAAAUGUACUAAAGUUGCGUGGGCUCAGCUGAGUUGAGUUGGACAAAAUGGCCUCAAGAGGGAACAAGAGGUUGACACAUUUGAAAAUGUAUAAUUUAUUCCAAACAUGACACUUGGAAUCCUGCGAACAGGAAAGCCUUUCCUAUUCUGCCGUACAAUCUGUCAAAUUGCCUCUGUGAAUCACAUGGCAACAAUUACCCGUUUUUCCCACUUUGAGGACAAGUGUAAGAAGAUCGGUGCUGUUGUCACCAGAACAGGAUCAGAAUCAAGUAGAAGUCCAGUUGUUGCCAUUCUUGGCUGGAACAGUGCCCAAGACAAGCAUCUGGCAAAAUACAGUGAAAUAUUUGAACAAAAAGGCUUUGACACCAUCAGGAUUCCAGCAAACCCAUACAACACUUUCCUGCGAUUAAACAGAGUUAAAGAGAUCAGUCUAGAACUUUUGGAAAUACUAGAGGAAAUGAAUGCAAAUCAAAACAGAGCAUUUAUACUCUAUGCCUUCAGUAUGGGAGGCUUUAAUGUUAAUCACUUCAUAAGACAAGCAAUAUCUAUCCCAGGGCAGAGGCACUUUAAAUCUAUUAAUAUCAUUGGUUGCAUAUUUGAUAGCUGCCCCCAUUUUCCUGGCUGGCAAAGUCUGAAAGGUAUACAGUCAACAAUUUUAGAUACCAUACCAAACCCUCUGAUUAAGGCUGUUGUUUGGGUGGGCUUAGGAUUGGUAUGUCCACCAGUUUAUUUGUUCUCUUCAGAAUUAAAACUGCUUAUACCAGACUCCAUGUCCAACCCCUUUGGUAGUCCUGAGUUGUUCCUUUUCUGCAGCACUGAUCCUUUAGUUCCUGACAAAGAUGUUUGGGUUUUCAUUGAGACACACAAGAAGAAAGGUGUUGAGGUUUUUACAAAGUGCUGGGAAGUAUCAGGUCAUGUGCAACAUUACAGGAAUUAUCCCGCAGAAUACUUGAACCAGGUUAAUAACUUUACAGACUAUUGUAUGAAACAGUAAUUCACUUCAGGAACUUCUAAGUUAUGAUAAACCUCACAAUAGGCUUUUGGGUCUGUUCACUCCAAAUUUGAUAUUAAUUAAACUAUGUAUUCACAUCACCUGCAAGUUGAAAGUCAGUUAUUGUAAUAAAGUUCAUGACAUAUCUUUGAAACUUAACUUGGCAGUGCACUGAACAGUUUUAAAAGAGAUGCUGACCUUAGCAAUUUUAAGUAACUUGCAACAUUUUAAGGUGGAACUAUCUUGGUUGCCAUGGCAAGUAGAAAAAAAAAAAUCCUUGACGACUCAUUUUGCUAAAUAAGUGGCUGAUUCAGUGAUCUGUAUUCAGCUCCCAUGAAGAGAGAAGUAACAUUUUUACUUAGUUUAAGUUAAAUGCAGGCAAACAUUUUACAAACAUUUUGCAUUUUUUGUGGCAAGCUGAUGUUUUAUUUUUGUUAGAAUUUACAAAACAGUUUUUCUUUUCAGUUUAACCCCUUGUUAUCAAAAUCACCCCACACUACCACACAGGAGAUGCUUUGAUACUCCCCACCCUCCCAUCCUUGGGAAAAGAGGAACUAUUGUGGAGGGUACAUGGAGGUUUUUAGCUACAUAAAUAUUUUACAGUUAUCAAUAAUCUAUGAUUAAAAUUUAGUUCAAAGUUAUAGAUUAUUAAAUAUUAAUAUGACAACUAAAAAGCAAUACCAAAUAUUGAUUUCACCAAAUAAAAAAAGGAAAAGAAAAUGAAAGUGUUGAAAGGACAACUUAAUCAAAACCAUAUUGUUAGAUUUUAUGUUCUUCAGGGGUUUGUCAUUUAGAAAUAUUUUACUGGUGUUAGAAUAGAUUUGUUAUAUUUGCUACAUUGUAUUUGAAACUUAAAAAUAAAAGCUGCUACAUUUUA